CUUACACACAAUGUCACUGGCAUCUAAGGAGUCACCGGGACUCUGCUUUUUCAAGAGUAGCAGGAAAAUACAGCCCACCCAAAGUAUAGAAAGCAAUAAAUGUAUAACUUGCAGCGCAGUAUUUGACGAUAUAACGGAACAAAAACAACAUUUUAAAUCAGAAUGGCAUUUGUAUAAUGUUAAACGUAAAGGAAGUGGCAUAUCAACGAUUAGUGAAGAUGAGUUCGUGAAACUAAAGGAAGGCCUUGCUCAAAUUAUGGCCCAAAAGAACACUGAAAUUGAAACAAAGAAUCGCAACAAACUUUCACGUAAAUCAAGUGCUAAAAGUAAUAAAUCGGAAUCUAUCGAUGGCACAAAGACCAUAGGUGUCUCGCAUAAACCUACAUCGCAAACUGAACCAACCGGUGCAACAUCGGUACCGUAUGACCCAGUUAUGUGCAUAUUUAGUGGUGAAAGAUCGCAAACCAUGGAGGAUAAUAUCAAGGCCAUGGGCAAAAACUACUCGUUUUUUAUACCAGAGCGUGAGUACCUGGUCUCACCUGAUGGUUUGUUGGGAUACUUAUACGAUAAAAUACACAACCAAUACACUUGUAUAUACUGCCAUAAACCAUUUGGUAGCAUAUACGCAGUAAAUCACCAUAUGGAACAGAAGCAGCACCGCAAGCUAAACGAUGAUGAUCUUGAUGAGGUGGCACAGUUUUACGAUUUCACGAGAUCAUAUGCAGAACUUAUGAUUAAAGGGGUGGAUUAUUAUAAACAUGAUGGAACGGAGUCCACAGUUGAUCGUGAUGACAGUGAGUACACAGACGAUGAGGAUGACUGGGAAGAUGUCAUUACCCCCGAAACAGAGCAACAUGAUGCUAUACAAACACUGUCGUCACUCGGUUUAUAUCGUGCACGGAUUAGCCCUAGCGGUAAUCUCACAUUACCAAAUGGCAGGGAGGCCAUCCAUAGGGAUAUAUCAUACGUCUACAAGCAGCACCUGAUUGUUAGAAGUUCAUAUGGAAUGGCUAAGGGACCAACUGGGUUCCAGUUCUUACCCACUGCACUAAAGAAACAAAUUAAACAGGCAGAUAAGCUGAAACGCACGAAAUUGGAUCAUGGAACGCUCAAGGCGCAAUACAAAUCGUACAAGCUUUUUGUACCAUGCAACCAAAUUGCAUAUGCAACAUGAUUAAAAGAACCACCCGUAUAAUAUGUAGAAACAUAAUAAUCAGUCAUCAUUUAAACUGUGUUUGUAGAAAUAUAGCAGCAUCACUG